CGCAGCUUCUGACCUUUAAAGAGCAAAUCCCAACGGCGACGGACUGUGAAUAUGCUUUCUUUGUCCGUCCAUAUUGAGGUAAUUGUUUAAUAUAUGAAAGCGAAAAUAGAAAUACGUGAUGUCGUCGACAACCAAUCAUAUUAGGAAAAAUCACCUGAACUCCAGGGCAUGCAAGACUUGUGCAUUGGCAAAAGCCAAAUGUGUACCACGAACGGAAGGAUUAAAUACGAAAUGCGAAAGGUGCGUAUUAACUAAUCCAUGGCUACCAUUGUGUUAAAUCAAAUUUCUAAUAUUCAUAGAUGCCAUCGUCUGAAGAAAGAUUGCGCAAGGCAAACUCCUUCUAUAAAGGUCCGUAAACCUUACAAGGCUACGUAUGGAUUACUCCUCCCUCAAGACCAUUUAUCAUAUUUGUGUUUAAUGCAUUAGCCAUAGUCGAGUUGCACAGUUAGAAGAAAAAAUUGAUGGUAUCGUCUCACUUCUUCAACAACAAAAGAGUGUCAAUUCCCAAGACACAACGUCGGGAAAUUCUCCGCUUAUCACCAAUGAGGAUAUCCCCCCAAGAUCACCACUCACGGACCCGGAACCUCCAAGUCGUCCGGUUACUAAUGGAAUAAUUCCUCAUCUUUCGCCCAAAUCUCUCGAACCAAGUAAACGACAAUCCGUUUACGAAAAAAGUACGAAUGCCUGUCUCCUCGCCCACGUCAACUCUAACCUCGAGCCCAGCGAUGUGGAAAUCGAAAGGUUAGUGAAACUGUACCAAACGGAAAUGGCAGCCAAAUUUCCAUUUGUGGUCAUUGAGACAGGAGGAUUGACGAGGAAGGGAUGGGUGCUGGAAAAACCGGUACUAGGUAAGGCGAUUUUGAUGGCAGCUAGUUAUUAUAAUUUGCCGAGACAGACGGUUUAUGAGACGGCGUUGGUGAGGGAUUUAACGGAUAGGAUUAUGGUGAAGAGGGAAAGGACUUUGGAGUUGUUGCAGGCGAUUUUGAUAUUUUGUGGGUGGUGGGUUGGUUCUUUUUUCUUUCACUUUUUUCUUAUUGGGAUUGAUGGACGACGAAUGUAUGUCCGAUUAUUGAUCCCUCGGGAGUUGUUGUCCUAAGAAGUAGUCAGAGGCCUAAAGGGAUGGAGGGUGGAUAGCUUUUUUGGUAUUUUGGAAUUUGCAGAGGCAUGAUUGAACUGGAGCCACUUUACUGACUAAACUUCUGUGGUUAGGUAUCAUUAUCAUUGUCUAGGACAUCCUCACCUGAACAAUCUUCUUGGCUUAGCAAUGGGGCUCGCUGGCGAUUUGGGACUCAACAAACCACCAUCCUUAGAUAAAUUCAAAUAUCCAUUUGGUCACAGUAGAGCCACGGCUGGAGAUUUUUCAAGGAGAAGUAUGGAGCAAAGAAGAGCUUUAGCUGGAUUGUUUUAUCUGACUUCCUUGUGAGCUUUUUCACUAUUCACUUCAUACAUACUUCCUAAUCUAAAUCUAGGGUUGCAACCGGCUUUCAACGCAUAGAUGCUAUGAAAUACUCAAUACAUCUUGAUGAAUGCAUUCGUGUUAUAGAGGAGAAUCCAGAAUAUUCUACUGAUUUGUUACUGGUUGAGUUGGUCAAGGUAUCACAUCUAGGAGAGAGAAUUAGUCAAACGGUUUCGGUUAUCCAAAAUGAGAGUGAAAUUCAGAUUCCCACGGCGUUGAAUUUGGGUUUAUUUCAGACGCAACUUGAUACAUUGAAGAAGGAAAUUUCGGGUCCAUGUAAAGAUGAUGGUAUGUUUUUCAAUUCUUCUAUUUUAAGAUUUACUGGUGUUGGUUUGUUCAGAAGGUAGUUGUAGUAGAAGACUAAUAACUACAAAUAGUAAUUCUCCAACUCCACCACCACCUUUCCGCAAUACGUCUCCACGAAGUCGCUUUAACCAAUAACUGGACCCCGAAAAUCGCAACACAAUCACCUCAAUCAACCUCAACAACCCGAGCGAUCCACCCACCACCUCUCCACCCCUCACAUAUCCAAUCUCUAUACACCUGUCUCCACCACACACGCUCCUUCCUCUCCCUUAUCUCUUCCCUUCCCCCCUCCACCUACCUUAGUCAACCCAUCACCCCCUGGUUCCUCCUCGCAUACGCCCUCAUGAUCCUCGCCCGCCUCUCCUUCUACCAAAACCCGCUUCUCCCAACAUGGACCCUAGAUUUCGUCCGCGAAAUCUGCGAUCUCUCAUCAACUCUCGAAGAACUCGCAAAUCGGAACGAGAAUGCGAAAUAUGUAGACAUCGAUCUCAUAACUCGAGAAGAUAGAGAAUUUGGACUCAAUGCAGAGGUAGAUGUAGAAGGAAGAAUAGUAGGAGAGGGCUGGACCGAUUGUUUUGAUAAAUUUGCGCGGAAAAUUAAAUUGGUGAAAUGUUGGUAUGAUCAGAAAGUUGCGGGGUACAGGGGUGCUGCUGCAUCGGUGUCGAUGCCUUUGGGGGGCUGGCUUAGAGCUGAUAAAAAUGCGAUGGAGUGUGGGAAUGGAGGUAUUAAUGAGGAUAUUACUCAAGAGGGAACACAGGUGAACUCGAAUGUACUUCCCAUCUUGGGUGAAACGGACACGAAUCCUUGGAAUAGAUUUGAGGAUCAGAAUUUCUGGAUGGAUUUAGAUGGGGAGUGGUGGGAUAUUGAGGGAUUGGAAGCUAUGAGUGGGGUUUUUUAGUUGCUUUUUGUUGUUUUGGAAGAUUAUGAUUUGUGUGUUUGUAUGUAGUUAUCAUGGUCUGAGGAUGACCUUUGGUAAUAUGAAGAUACUCUGUGAAGGAGAGAGAGGGUGCUAGGAAGAGUAUUGAUUGAUUAGUUGGAAUGGAUUGUGAACCAUCCUCCU